AUGACCCAGACUGCGACACAGACUGCGAGGCAGACUGCGAGGCAUGCUUUCAGAGAAGGCUAUCUCGUCAAUGACGGGCUUCUUGAGUCUGGCAUGAUUGGGAAGCUCAAACAGUCUUACCCAUCUGAGCCGAUCGCAGACCUGAGGGCCCGCUAUGAAGAGGAUGGCUAUCUGUUCAUGAAAGGUCUCCUCCCACGCUCUGACGUUCUUGAUUGUCGGGAAGCGUACUUCCGUUUCCUCAGUCCGAGUGGUGUUAUGCAACCCAAUUCGGCUCCCGUUGAUGGCAUCUUCGAUCCUGAUAACAAGGGUGUCCACUAUCCCAGUAUUGGCGCUGGCCCUUUCGGUAAAGAGCAGAUCAACCCAGGUUCAUUCGCGAGCCUUGCGGAGAAAGCCCAUACGGAGGACUUUUACCUUGAGUUUUCGAGACAUCCAGCCCUCAGGGAGUUCGUUUCCAGGCUGAAAGGCUGGGGCGAUGAUACAAAAUUACUCCCAAGGUCUUUGUGGCGACAUAUCAAGACUUUUCGUGGGAAGGGGUCAAUCAAGUUAGUUGCAUCAACAUGGAGAGAUAUCACAUGUAUCAAGGGCAAUACAUAA